GCCGCGGCGGCCGGGGAGGCAGCGGCGGCGGCGGCGGCGGCGCGGCGGCGACACCGUGGCCAUGGCCUCCGAGGAUGACUUUCAUCACAGUUCAAACUCCACCUACAGAACGGCAAGCAGCUCCCUCCGCGCUGACCAGGAAACACUGCUUGAGAAGCUGCUCGACCGCCCCCCGCCCGGCCUGCAGAGGCCCGAGGACCGCUUCCAUGGGACCUAUAUCAUCUUCUUCAGCUUGGGCAUUGGCGGCCUACUGCCAUGGAACUUCUUUAUCACUGCCAAGGAGUACUGGGUAUUCAAACUCCGCAACUGCUCCAACCCAGCCUCGGGGGAGGAAUCCGUGGGUUCGGACAUCCUGAACUACUUUGAGAGCUACCUGACCAUCGCCUCCACCGUCUCCUCUGUGCUGUGCCUCAUGGCGAACUUCCUGCUUGUCAACAGGGUUCCGAUUCGUGUCCGUGUGCUGGCCUCGCUGACUGUCAUGCUGGCCAUCUUCUUGGUGAUGACCGUGCUAGUGAAGGUGGACACCUCUUCCUGGACCUCUGGCUUCUUUGCUGUCACCAUUAUCUGCAUGGCGAUCCUCAGCGGCACCUCCACCAUCUUCAAUAGCAGUGUCUUUGGCAUGACCGGCUCCUUCCCCAUGAGGAAUUCCCAGGCACUGAUAUCAGGAGGAGCCAUGGGGGGCACCAUCAGUGCCGUGGCCCUGCUGGUGGACCUGGCGGCGUCCAGCGAUGUGACGGACAGCACCCUGGCCUUCUUCCUGACGGCGGACGUCUUCCUGGGGCUCUGCGUCGGCCUCUACCUGCUGCUACCCCAGCUGGAGUACGCCAGGUUCUACCUGAGGCCUGCUUGGCCAGCCCACGUGUUUUCUGGGGAAGACCAGGCACCCCACGACUCCCCCAGCGCCCCUUUGGCAGCCCCUGGGCCCCGCGACCCCUCCAUACCACCCCUCCGCCCCAUCCUGAAGAGGACAGCUGGCCUGGGCUUCUGUGUCGUCUACCUGUUCUUCAUCACCAGCCUUGUCUUCCCUGCCAUCGCCACCAACAUCGAGUCCCUCGACAAGGGCUCGGGCUCGCCGUGGACCACCAAGUUCUUCGUCCCCCUCACCACCUUCCUCCUGUUUAACUUCGCCGACCUGUGUGGCCGGCAGGUCACAGCCUGGAUUCAGGUGCCGGGGCCCAGGAGCAAGGUGCUCCCCGGGCUUGUGCUCCUCCGGACCUGUCUCCUCCCCCUCUUCAUGCUCUGCAACUACCAGCCCCGCGUCCGCCUGCGCACGGUGCUCUUCCGGUCCGACCUCUACCCGGUGCUCUUCACCUCCCUGCUGGGACUCAGCAACGGCUACCUCAGCACCCUGGCUCUCAUGUACGGGCCGAAGAUCGUGCCCCGUGAGCUGGCCGAGGCCACGGGGGUGGUGAUGUCCUUCUACCUGUGCUUGGGCCUGGUCCUGGGCUCGGCCUGCUCUGCCCUGCUCGUGCACCUCAUCUAGAAGUGGGGGUGAUGGCAAGAACUUCGGUGCCGUGCGACAGACACUUGGGAGCCCUGGUGAGAUGGGGAGCCAGCGCCAGGAGGGCUGGGGCAGCGUGCAGAAGGGAGCUGCAGCUGGGCCGGGUGCAGAGCCGAGUUCACCCGGGCCUCCCCUCUCCCCGGGGAGCAGGCAGCUGUGCCGAGCACACAUUCCACUUUCAAGAGGUCUCCUGAAACCUUUGAAGGAGACCAAAAGACAUCUGAAUGGGGCACAGUGACCACAGUUACUCAGUGGACAAUGGGCAUGCCUAUCACUUUUCUAGCUGCUGGUUACAUUCCACCUUGUUUUAUAGCCUCUUGUGACCUUCGUCGCCGGUGUUGACUCCAAGCUGUUACAAGGCCGGUGCCAAAACCCAACCACAGGCCCUUUGCCUCUUCCGGCCUUGCUCCCUCCAGGGGACAGCGUGACGUGACAGUUCGCAGCCCUCCCUCUCCAGGGGGUUCCCCUAGAAUGGAAAUUCCCUGGAGGGACACCUGGCGGCUCAGUCGGUUAAGCGUCGGACUCUUGAUUUCAGCUUAGGUCUUGAUCUCAGGGUCCUCUUGUGAGUUCGGGCCCCGCAUUGGACUCCACACUAGGUGUGUGGAGCCUACUUAACUCCCCCCCCAAAAAAGGAAAUCCACUGGAAUGGCCAGUUGUCAGACCCAAGACCCAAGGCUGUGUCAGACCCCUGCUUUCUGUCGUGAGAGAGUACCUGCCAACCAGACGGGGGGCCCCAGAAAGACAGACCUUCUAGAAAUCCUCCAUUCCCUAAACUUGGGCUCCAGAAGGCUCCCCUGUCCUAGAGACUGAGGGGGUCAGGCCUGGGUGUUCAGACAGGGAUCCUCCAAGUGGUCUAUGGCUUGUGCCAGGGUGGAAGUCUUUUCCUGUCCAUGUUUACAAUAUGUCAAGCACAUUGGUUCAAGGGCAUAAUGAAUACCUGGAUAUUUAACGAGAGCCUAAUUGGUGGCUGGAUUAGUCAGGGUCUUGGCAGGAAGUGGCAUACUCCAAUUGGAUAAUAUGAGGAUAUUUGAAGACAGGGUGUAGGAAUCCUACAGGGUUGUGCUUUAUAUUCCCAGAAAUAGCAAGGCCCUUCUGCCCCUAACCAGGGCUAGGGGCAAGGGGCAUCUCCAGCCUGCUGUGACCCACAGGAGGUAGACCCCCUUCAUCCUUCCCUCCCUCCCAUCUCCUCGAAGCCCCUGUGGACUGAACCACAGCCAAGGAGCAGGCAGAGAGGUGGAGCCGAGACUUGGAGGGGCAGCAGGUGUCCCAAAAGGGGCCACCAGCCUCCUGGUCCCAUAUGCACAUUAGGAUAGCUCUGAAGCUUUGGCCAGCAGUACUGGGUGGUGUUCUGUGCUGGUUUGUCCUGGAUUAGCUGUGUAUUUUGAAGCUGUUGUUAUGGCAGGCAACCCUCAGAUUGUGUGCCCUCCCCCCCACGAUGGUCUGACAUGAGUAGUAAUUUGUAUUUCUUUAGGUUCCUUGAAGGCUUCUGCAGAGCUGUUCCUUGGGGGGAACAGGCUGGCUUGGGAAUCCGAGAGAAAGGAGCUAGAUCAGACCCAGGAGUUCUUUUUCGAGAGUCAUGCAGAAAGAACAGAGCUUGCCCCCCAAGAAGCACUAACCCCGAGAGCCAUAAAUCCACCCGCUCCUUCUCGGAAGAGCUCGGGCACCCCGGUGCCCUGCAGACAGACGAUUAGCCAGGGAAGUAAUCCACCCAGUGGGAGCAGCUUAUGUUCCCCACCAUUUCAGGCUAGGAUAGACUCCCUCUCUCCGGCCACAAAAUUGAAAAAGACACCCUUGAAAGGUUUUCUGAAACUUGGUAUCUAGAAGAAAAAAAUUUUUUCUAACUAAAAAUAAAUUCUCCUGUCUCCCCUCCCCUUGCAGGAGCCUGA